AUGCAACUUACUCUAUCCGGAUUGGACGGCUCCUGAUUCAGAAGGCUUCAUGGCAUUUGAGUAUCUUGCCGUGAAACUGUUAUUGACCAGUUUUUCCGCAGAUAUUUCACCUGAAGGUUUAGAAGCAAGUUCUGCAGUAGUGGGCAACAAAGUGGUUGUGGGUGGUGGGGUAGUUGUAGAUGUGGUUGUAGUUGUGGUUGUCGUAGACGGUGUAGGUGGAGCUCGAAAAAUUUCACAACGAGCACCCAUUCGGGUUUGAGGACAGAUACAGAUUGGCAUGGUUGUGGUGUCCAAUGCACCCUCUUCAUCUUGAGCUUUGUUGACGCAUCGUCCACCGUUCAGACAGUAAUUGGGCAUUGA